AAUACUCAGCAUUGUAUUUUUGAAGAAAGCUGACGUAGUUAUUACUGUUAGAAGACUGCUACAUAUAAUUCCUAUCAAACCGUUCAAGGAUACUUUGAAAGAGGUGCUUUAUUUAGAAACUAGUCGUCGCUUCAUCCAACAAGCCGUCUGACAUUAACUGUCGUAUUUAUUGCUGAGAACAACACUAAAGAAGUUUAAUACUAUUUUGAAAUCUGCAACCGAAUUCAUACAAAGGGAUCAAAACGGAUUGCUGAAGAAAUUGAUUAGAAAAACUGAAGAAGCAAGAGAGGAAGCGAGCUCUCCCCAACACAGCACGGUAGCUGAAAGGAGAAAGAGCAAUCGUUGCGGAGAAAGCAAGCGCCAGGCAACACUUGUUGAAAGUCGCCGCUAGUUGGCGGUACAACAGGUACAAAGCGAGCUCCGGUUUUGGAAAGGGUAGGAGUCUUCGACGUCAGGAGGAACCAGCAGGAAACCGAGAGGCCAACACAGCAAGGGAGAGAAGCUCUCUUGGCUUAGAAUUAGAGAGGGUCGGAACAAGAGAUGAACCGUCCAAUCCAAGUGAAGCCUGCCGACAGUGAGAACAGAGGAGGUUGCGCGUUCGUGAAAUUCGGAUCCCACUCAGAAGCACAAGCUGCGAUCGGAGCGUUACACGGAAGCCAAACAAUGCCAGGUGCAUCGUCUAGCCUUGUCGUGAAGUUCGCCGACACAGAAAAAGAACGACAACUGAGGCGGAUGCAGCAGAUGGCUGGCAACAUGGGGCUUUUGAAUCCCUUCAUGUUCAACCAGUUCGGUGCUUACGGUGCAUAUGCACAGGUAGAUCUCAAUAUCAUGCAACAACAAGCAGCGUUCAUGGCUGCUGCCGCACAAGGGGGCUACAUGAAUCCAAUGGCCGCCCUCGCCAUCGCGCAACUGCCUCAGAUGACAACGGUCUCGAAUGGACUAGCGAACCCUGCCAUUACCCCAACCUCAGGUUCGGGGACUCAGAGUGUGAAUGGAGCAAUCCCUAACUUGCCUUCCCCCACCAUGCCCACCUUUAGUGUACCUCAAGCUAACGGACAGGGAGAGGUGUACACCAACGGCAUGCCGCACUAUCCAACUCAAGCCAUACCUAAUGGAGACGCACUUCAACCCACCGCAUACCCAAGCUUGCAACCUUAUCCAGGAAUACCGGCGUAUCCAACUCCUUUUGGCCAAUUCGGUCAAGCCCUAACUCCACAGCCUGCCGUAGUCACUCAGACUCAGAGAGAAGGUACGUACAUUCCUGGUCCGGAGGGAUGCAACCUCUUCAUUUACCAUCUCCCGCAGGAGUUUGGUGAUGCCGAGCUCAUGCAGAUGUUCAUGCCCUUCGGAAACGUCAUCAGUGCCAAGGUGUUCAUCGACAGAGCUACCAAUCAGAGCAAGUGCUUCGGUUUUGUGAGCUUCGACAACCCCGCUAGUGCCCAGGCCGCCAUCCAGGCUAUGAAUGGCUUCCAAAUAGGAAUGAAGCGUCUCAAGGUGCAGUUGAAACGCCCGAAGGACGCCAACAGGCCCUACUAGCGCCGCAUACCCCCAAUUCGGCCAUAUACCCGUGCGUAGAGAAAGAAAAUCCUGAAUAUUUACAAGAAAGGAAAGAUGCCGUCAGUUUACUUAUUCAGAAAAGAAAAAAAAUACCAGUAUAAUAUGGAGUAUUGAUUUGCCAGAAGCUAUUAGAGCGUGAUUCAAGUUUUAAAGAAAUAUUAGGAAAAACUAGAAGUUUUGAAGACUUUUUUUUCUUUCCAUCAUUUCCGACUUCGGGCUUCAGAGUUGUUUUUCUCUUUCCCCUUUAAAGACAAAGGCCAAAGAAGAAAAACAGAGUGACGAAAAGUGUACAUAAAAUCCAGUAUCAGCUUGGAUUUUACGAUCUGUAGAUAAUACCUUAGGUUUUGCUUGAUAUCGACACAAUGUAGUAGCCAAUCUUAGAUCUCUCCUUAAUUGAAAAAAAUGAUACUUUUACAAGUGAGAGCUGUUCAAAAGAAAACAGAAAAAAUUACCUUUCUUUUCAUUGCAUAGUGAGACCACACAAGUAGAUAUACACAAGUAGAUCUCCUUAAUUGAAAAAAUGAUGCUUUUACAAGUGGAAGGUGUGCAAAAGAAAACAGGAAAAUGAUAUUUCUUUUCAUGGCAUAGUGAGACCACACAAGUAGAUAUACACAAGUAGAUCUCCUUAAUUGAAAAAUGUAGAUAUACACAAAUAGAUCUCCUUAAUUGAAAAAAAAAUGAUGC